AUGAAUGAGGAGGCGGCGGCGGCGGCGGCGGCGGCGGCGGGAGCGGCUCCGCAAGGGGACGAGACACCGCGGGCCCAGCCCAGGAGGAGGCGGCAGCGGGGAGGGGAUCAGCCCGCCGGGGCGGUGGCGGCGGCGGCAACAAUCACCACAAACUCGGGCGACCGCCGGAAGAUGAGGCCCGCGGCGGCUUUACCCAAGCCGGGAAAGCCCUGGCCCCGGCCCCCGGAGUCGCCGCUGCUCCCCAGCCGGGGCAGGUUCCGCCGAGCCGCCCCCACGGCCCCCUCCCCUCCGGGUCGGCCUCCCGGAGCCAACGCCGGUGACCCCACCCCCGUGACUCCGCGCCCGCCCCCUCCCCCCACCCCCCGCGGGACUCCCCGCACCCACCCCUACCCCCAGCGGGGCCCUCCUGCCCGCCCGGCCGCGGGCCCGCCGGCCCCGCCCCGCGCCUCCUCCGGCCGCGCGGCGAGGUUAACGACGGACACCGGACAGGCCAGACGGCAUCUGGGGUCGGGCGGCCCCGCGAGGAGGCAGCGGCGGCUGCAGCUCCGCGCACACAAAAGCCCAGGGCCGGGGCCUGAACCGGGGAAGGCAGACCCGGAGAAGAGCCAACGCUUCCUUACUCGCCACUCUAACGAGUCCUGCCCACUGAGCAUGCCCAGCAGCCGCGGCCAGGCCUGCCGAGGAUUCUCAACGUGCACGCUCCGCUCUCCGGGGUUUAGUGGCAGCAGAGGCUGGGAGGGGGAGGGCGUGCGGAGCAGGACGCAGCCGCAGGGCAAGCCCCCUCCCCCAGCCAACUUCCUUAAACGAAGAGCACAGAGGACACGCAGAGGCAGCUCUCCACGCGGAAAGUCGCCCCGGUUUCCCCACCAUAACAGGAGUCCUUAG